AAUAUUGAAAGAAAAAAACAAGUAACAUUGAGGUUAGAAGCGUUUUGCAUAUCUUUUUGCAUCUUUUCAUUGUGUUUUUUCAUUCAGAUCAGCCACUUUUCCACAUGUGCAUGUCUCAGUAACAGAAAGGUGCACCCCUCCUUCUUCAGAACCAUCCCCAGUGACUACUAUCAGAGCAGGGCACUGGCUCAGCUGGUAAAGUACUUUGGAUGGACAUGGGUUGGUGCAGUCAGAAGUGACAAUGACUAUGGCAAUAAUGGAAUGGCAACAUUCAUUGAAGCUGCACCCCAGGAAGGGAUUUGUGUUGAAUACUCUGAGGCCAUCUCAGGGACUAGUUUAUACGAACAGGUCGAGAGGGUGGUCAGAGUGAUCAAAACAGGCACUGCAAAAGUAUUAGUUGCCUUCCUUGGUUAUGAUGAAAUGGAUAUUCUGCUUGAAGAAGCUCUGAGGCAAAACCUUACUGGGUUACAGUGGGUGGGAAGUGAAUCCUGGAUUACAUCAAGUAAUUUGGCUCUAAAUAGGUAUUCUGGAAUACUAACUGGCUCUAUAGGCUUUGCCAUAAAGAAGGGAAAAAUUGCAGGUUUGCAGGAUUUUCUUUUACAGGUUCACCCAAGUCAGGACCCUCAGAACCACAUACUGAAGGAGUUCUGGGAAGAAACCUUUGGCUGCAGUUUUCAGUCAAGUUUGCAUGGAACAAAGCAGUGCUCUGGAUCUGAGAGACUACGUGACAUUAAAAAUCCUUUUACAGAUGUGUCAGAGCUGAGAAUAUCCAAUAAUGUGUACAAAGCUGUAUAUGCUGUAGCUCAUGCAAUGCACAGCAUGUUAAAAUGUGGAGAAAACAGUGAAACAGUCAACGCGUCAUGUACCUUGAAAAGCAUUUUACAGCCAAAGGAAGUAAGAGGCUAA